AUGUCGACUGCUCUAUCCCCAUUACAGUCGUUUCUGGCGUACGCACAAGAAGCCACAGGGCUUGCUCCGUCAACAACAGUCUCGUUAUUAGUCCUCGUCGCGUCGAUAAUUUACGUCAUCUUCUCGUACGUUCAGCACCGCGCUGCGCCUGUUCCGCCGCCAGUCCCGGGCCCCCCGGAGCCGAUUAAAAUAGGGGAAAUUACUCUCGAGAAGCUAAGCCAGUACAGCGGCAGCGACCCGGAGAAACCGAUCCUUCUGGCCAUUCGAGGGAAAAUCUACGAUGUGACUCGUGGAAAGCACUUCUACGGCCCAGGAGGGCCGUACGAGGUGUUUGCAGGGAAGGAGGCGAGCCGCGCGUUUGCCAAGAUGUCAACCGAUCCUAAGGAUGCUGUGGGGGACCUCACAGGGCUGACCUACUCUGAGUUGGAUACCCUGAGGGACUGGGAGUCGUCUUUGCAGUUUAAGUAUGAUGUGGUGGGGACGGUGAAGGGGAGUGAGGGGGGCGUGGGGGGUGAAGGCGCAGCAGGAGGUGCAGGAGGGACAGGGGGUGCAGGGGAAACAGGAGGUGCAGGAGAAACAGGGGAAGGAACAGAAGCUGCUACAGGUGCAGUGGCAGCCGAAGGGGAGGGAGGGGAUGGGGCGGAGGAAGGAACGAAAGGAGCUGGUGGUGAUUAG